CUCUCAUUCCUUCAAGAUCAAGCAAGGAUGAGUGGUCGUGAGGUGAUCUUUAGGAACUUUCGGCAAGGAGUAGAAGCUGAAAAGACGGCAAGGAUGAAUUCAAAUUUUGCACGUUUUAUUGCUUCUACAGCAUCUUCUAAUUCCAUCAAAAAGGCUGAAGCUGGUAGUGGAACUGUACUUUCAAUGAGUGGAAGUUUACCACCUUCAGAACGUACAAAUAGCCCUUUCCCGCAUUCGAGAUCUCCUGCUCCUUCGGAAUAUUGCGAUAGCGCAGCAGAAGAAUUGGGCGGCAGCGUGGUCGAUCUUGUUUCUCCCGAAGGAGAAGAUUUCGAAAUGCAAGAUGGAUUAGAUUUGGUCGAAGAACCCGAAGAAGAUUUGAGCAGUGAACCACCUCAACAAAGGAGCGAUGGAGAAUGGGAUAGAAUCGAAGAGGAGAUUCGCGUAAUGGAGCAAGAUGUUGAAGGCCUCUCGCAAUUUGAGGUAGUAGACAAAUUAGGCGAAGGAACAUUCUCAUCAGUUUACAAGGCAAUCGAUAAAAAUCAUCACUUAUAUGACAAUUAUUUAUGGACAGGUAAACUUCCAGGUCCGCCUCCGCCGUCACCAGCUGGACAGCAAAAUCGAAGCAAGAAUGUUUAUGUUGCCUUAAAACGCAUUUAUGUGACAAGUUCUCCACAGCGUAUCCUUAACGAAUUGGAAAUUAUGGAAAAGCUUCGAAACUACAACAACAUUUCUUAUCUUAUCACAGCUUUCCGAACAGAGGAUCAAAUUAUUGCAGUGAUGCCUUAUAGCCGCCAUACAGACUUUCGUGAAUAUUACCGAAUCAUGCCAUUGGUCGAUUUAAAGUGUUACUUUCGCUGUUUAUUCAAAGCUUUAGAGGGUGCACACGAGCAAAAUAUUAUCCAUCGUGAUGUCAAACCGGCAAAUUUCUUGUACGAUCCACGAUCCGGAGAAGGUACUUUGUGCGACUUUGGAUUAGCGGAACGAUUUGAGCCUCUAGAAUGGCGCGGAAAGUGUCAUCAUAGCGUACCAACUCAAGAACAUCCUUUCGGUCGUGUUCAGGUGAACAGGAACGUCUUUAGUACACACUUGGAAGCUGGAGGAGCUCUUCAUGAAGGCUCCAAGUCGGUGGCCGCUGCAGCAUCCAAUUCUCAUGGUCGUACCAAUACUAUGGGACCACCAGAACGAAUCGGGAUUCUCAAAGAAGAUUCACGUCAAAUCGUUCGAGCCAAUCGUGCAGGCACUCGUGGGUUCAGAGCACCUGAAGUGCUGUACAAAUGUCAAGACCAAACGACCGCAUUGGAUAUUUGGUCUGCGGGUAUUAUCUUGAUGGCAUUUUUGACAAAGAGAUUCCCUUUGUUCAAUUCAAACGAUGAUACAGAAGCAUUGCUCGAAUUAACAAUCAUCUUUGGUCGUCGUAGAAUGACACAAGCGGCAAUCUUGCAUAAUCGUACUUUUCAUUGCAACGUUCCAUCAGAUGAACCGCAAGGUUACCGUAUUCCCGAGUUCAUCGAACAUCUAAACCCAGACGUUUACAAAGCACCGGAUAAUCACCCUGAUCCCGAAUCGUUCACUCAAGAAGUGGAUAAUGCCUUGGAUCUCUGUCGAUCUUGUUUACAAUUAGAUCUCACAAAACGCUGUACGGCAACAGAGGCACUCAAGCAUCCUUUCUUUUUGAACGAAUGAUUUUUAUACGAAACUCCCCUCACUUCAACAGCACAUCAAUCAAACACAACAGGAUACCUUUUUUCUUUACUCAUUUUGUACACAAAGCAAGCAUCUCACUCAAGUAGCAACCUAUAUGUCACGCAGACAUGAUACCUAUUCUCGUCAAAAUUUUCAAUUGUAUUAUCUUGAU